AUGGCCAAGGUUGCCCUCAUCACUGGUGGGAACGGUAUCACCGGUUCCGCGAUCAUUGAAUAUCUCGUCAAGAAUACAACGUCACAGGAGUGGAGUCAGAUUAUCGUCACAUCACGGUCCCCAUUCAAGACCACUGUUCAGGAUGAACGGAUCACCUUCAUCGCCCUUGAUCUGAGCCAAGACCCCAAUGAUCUGAUCGCCAAGAUGCGUCCAGUAUGCAGUGGCGUUACGCAUGCCUACUUCUCCUCGUAUGUACACAAAGACGAUUUCAAGGAGUUAAACCUCGCGAACGAAAAGUUGUUUUCCAACUUUUUGGAUGCCAUAAUCGCAGUAGCUCCUGUGCUAGAGAAUUGCACUCUUCAAACUGGCGGGAAGCAUUACAAUGUCCAUCUUGGCCCAGUGCCUUCGCCCGCUCGUGAAGAAGAACCCAGGAAGGAGAGCCCCAUUGGUAACUUCUACUACCCCCAGGAGGACUACCUGAUUGCCCGUCAAAAGGGACAGCGCUGGACGUGGAAUGUGGUCAGGCCCGAGGCCAUAAUUGGGCACACCUCAAAACCAAACGGCAUGAAUUCGGCUCUGACUUAUGCGCUCUACUUUCUUGUCUGUAAAGAGCUUGGUGUUGAAGCUCGCAUGCCCACGAACCAGCUUUAUUGGGAAGGAUAUGACGACUUAUCUGACUCGAGGCUCAUUGCAGACCUCUCCAUCUGGGCGUCAACGAGCCAGAAGGCAGCAAACCAAGCUUUCAACAUCACCAACGGUGACUACUUCACCUGGAGAUACAUGUGGCCACGCAUCGCAGCCUACUUAGGCGCUCAAGCAACACCCGAUCAGGCGUUCACAAAACCCCGCCCAACAGAGGGCGAAACGCAGCUUGAUUUGUCCCUCGUCGAAUGGGCGGCCGACAAACAAGAAGUAUGGAACAAGAUUUGCGAUAAAGGAUCGUGCCCAGAAGCUAAAGCAACCUGGGAGUCAGGCACAUGGGCCUUCCAGGACUGGGUCUUCCAACGUACGUGGUCGGCGACUUUGAGUAUCAACAAGGCGAGAUCGUACGGAUGGCAAGGUCACAUUGACUCGUUCCAGUCGUUGACUGAAGCGUUUGACAACUUUGUAAACCUCAAGCAGAUUCCUCCGUUCCGUUAA